CUCUUCUUCCUUCCUUCCAUACCAUCCUCCUGGGUACCUUUUGCUUGGCUGGAAAGAGACAUUUCUCCCUAACUCCCCCUUCCAUUUUCUACAGCCCCUCCCCCGUGUGGGUUCCAAGCUGAGCACAGCUGCUGCUAUAGGCGCUGCUGUUCACCUAGUACACACACACAGAGUUGCUGAGCGUGACACACUCACCCACCCACACGGCCACUCCGGGACUCCCCAGGGUGCUCUCUCCCUCCUUCACACACUCACGCGCCCAGACUCACGCACAGGCACGCAGGCACUGAACGGAUAGCUUCUCGCCUGCAGUUGGCACUCUCAUUUCCCUGUAGCAGCCUCGCAGCGCGGAUGGCAUCUACGGGCUCUGGCUUCUGGUCCUUCGGGUCCGAAGAUGGCUCCGGGGACCCGGAGAACCCUAGCACAGCAAGAGCCUGGUGCCAGGUUGCCCAGAAGUUCACCGGAGGCAUUGGAAACAAACUCUGUGCCUUGCUGUAUGGAGACGCAGAAAAGCCGAUGGAAACCGGCAGCGAGGAGACUCAGGGAUCAACGGAUAAAAAGACUGUUUGUACUUGCAAUCAGAAGCCCUGUAGCUGUCUCAAAAUGGAUCUCAAUUACGCGUGUUUACACUCAACAGAUCUGUUGCCAGCAUGUAACGGAGAAGUGGCCACUUUGUCUUUUCUCCAAGAGGUAAUGGACAUUUUGCUUCAGUAUGUGGUGAAGAGUUUUGAUAGAUCAACAAAGGUGAUUGAUUUCCAUUACCCAAAUGAGCUUCUUCAAGAACAUAAUUGGGAAUUGGCAGAUCAGCCACAGACCUUGGAGGAAAUUUUGUCCAACUGCAGAACAACUCUAAAAUAUGCAAUCAAAACAGGUCAUCCUAGAUAUUUCAAUCAGCUUUCUACUGGAUUGGAUAUGGUUGGAUUAGCAGCAGACUGGCUAACAUCAACAGCAAAUACUAAUAUGUUCACCUAUGAAAUUGCUCCAGUGUUUGUACUUUUGGAAUAUGUCACAUUAAGGAAAAUGAGAGAAAUUAUCGGCUGGCCAGGGGGCAGUGGUGAUGGGAUUUUUUCACCUGGUGGUGCCAUAUCUAACAUGUAUGCUAUGUUGAUUGCACGUUUCAAGAUGUUUCCAGAAGUCAAAGAGAAAGGAAUGGCAUCUAUUCCCAGACUGGUUGCCUUCACAUCUGAGCAUAGUCACUUUUCAGUGAAGAAGGGAGCUGCAGCCUUGGGGAUUGGAACAGACAGUGUGAUUCUGAUCAAAUGUGAUGAAAGAGGGAAAAUGAUUCCAUCUGAUCUGGAGAGAAGAAUUGUUGAAGUUAAACAAAAAGGAUUCGUUCCCUUCUUUGUGAGUGCCACCGCAGGAACCACAGUGUAUGGCGCAUUUGAUCCCCUUCUAGCUAUUGCUGACAUCUGCAAAAAAUAUAAGAUCUGGAUGCAUGUGGAUGCAGCUUGGGGUGGCGGCCUACUGAUGUCCCGGAAACAUAAAUGGAAGCUUAAUGGUGUGGAAAGGGCCAACUCCGUGACAUGGAACCCUCACAAGAUGAUGGGCGUUCCCUUGCAGUGCUCGGCUCUGCUGGUUAGAGAAGAGGGGUUGAUGCAGAGCUGCAACCAGAUGCAUGCUUCCUACCUCUUUCAACAAGAUAAACACUAUGACUUGUCUUAUGAUACUGGAGACAAGGCUUUACAAUGUGGGCGCCACGUUGAUGUUUUCAAAUUAUGGCUAAUGUGGAGGGCAAAGGGGACCACCGGAUUUGAAGCACAGAUUGACAAGUGUUUGGAGCUGGCAGAGUAUUUAUACAAUCUCAUAAAAAACAGAGAAGGAUAUGAAAUGGUGUUUGAUGGGAAGCCUCAGCACACAAACGUCUGCUUCUGGUAUAUCCCCCCAAGUUUACGGCACUUGGAAGACAAUGAAGAAAGAAUGAGUCGCCUCUCAAAGGUUGCCCCUGUGAUUAAAGCCAGAAUGAUGGAGUAUGGAACCACAAUGGUCAGCUACCAACCCUUGGGAGAUAAAGUCAAUUUCUUUCGCAUGGUCAUCUCAAAUCCAGCAGCAACUCAUCAAGACAUUGACUUCCUGAUUGAGGAAAUAGAACGCCUUGGACAGGAUUUAUAAUCAUCCAGCCAAUCAAGCUAUCCCAGCUCUCUAGCUAGACAGUGAAGUUGUCACAAACUGUGGGAAUGUAUUUGUAGUUUGUUCCAAAGUGAAUCUAUUUCUAUAUUGUGGUGUCAACGUAGAGUACAGUUUAAAAAACCAGGAAACAUUGCUCCUUUUAAACGUCCUUCCUUAAGUUUGAGGAUGAAUACCUCUUUCAUAAUCAGCAGUACAAUUAAUAAGGAAAAGCUGAAAACUGUUAAAAAUGAUUCCCCCAAUUCCAGCAAAGUGAGCAAAGUUAGUAUGUAUUUUCAUUUCAGAGUAGUAGGGUUGAGUGGUGCCAAAUUUCUCCCCAAGAGUCACAAGAUGUUCUUUGGGGUGCAGUAGGGAAAAAAAGACAAAGUAAAUAUAAAGUGUAUGUUGAAAAUAAAAACUCUUGCCUUUUUCAUAGUAUUAGAAAAGAAUUUCUAAUUUACCUAUAGCAACAUUUCAAAUGUAUUUAAAUACAUAUAAUUUUACAAAAGGAAAUAUAUAUAUAAAGAAGAUCCUAUUUUGUAAAGUAUAGAUUUUUAUUUUAUAUGGGUUAUAAAAACUUCUGGGGCAGAAAUGAAAAACUCAACAGAUUCUUUUUUCUUCCAGUGGAGGCACAUAAGACACUUAGUAAUUCUUAUUUUGAAACAUAGACCCACAAAUUCUUAAAAUGUGGGACAACUUAUUUCUACAUGUCUCACAGCUUGUCACAUCUCUAAGGUUUAGUAUUUCAAAACCUCCCAAGAGCAUCAGAGCUCUUAAAAAUGCUAGAUCAGGUCAAUUACAGGACAACAACAGGG